CGGACCAUUUGCACGAACCAAAACAUGCUAACCAGUGCGCUGGGACUGCGAGACACUUCAAAGAAGUGGAGGAGAGGUUAAGAUGUAUUGUCCAUUCUGUGGAUUCCAGUUUGAGAACUUGACAAAAUUUUGCUGUUCCUGUGGAAAAGACAUAAGUUUUGUACCAGCUAAAGAUGCUUCCACAGAACAAGAACACUCAAGAGCCAAGACAGUUGUUCAGCAGUUCUUCAAGUACCGUGAAGGUAAAGAGGCAGAAAGGAGGAUGUUCUCAAAAUCCAAAAAGAAAUCAAUGAAAACAGUGAAGAUUUCUGUUGGGAUCAUGAACAAACAAAAGACUGGCAUGAGACCCAUAAGAGGGAAAUCACUACCAUUACAUGUUGACCCAAGCUGGUCAUCUGAGAGGCUGUUGGGUGCUGCCAUUAAAAAACUGAAAGAUUUCAACCAAGAUAUGAAAGAUGUAGAAUACAUCCUGCUCUACCCUGAUGGCUCUCAAAUAAAAAAUAUUCCAGGAACUGACACACCCUUUACGAUUGAACUCUACAAAGAGGCCGUUGGCAAGUCUUACCAAAGAAUUACACUAUUUGUCUGCACACUUGAGGACUUUUUGUCAGAAUAUGUUAGUGCUUCAGAAGAUGAGGAGGAUGAUGAAGUUAUCGUUAGGGUACCACCCGUUACGUCACCCCUCUCUGACACAGUGCUUUGGUCAAGUCCAGAAAGCAGUACACCAGAGCCUAUACAUCGGUCACCUUCAAUAUCCCAAACAUCUGAUGUGCAAGUUCAGUGUGGUACAGAAUCUCAAAUGGCAUCCACAUCAGGAGAACAUACUACAAGUUACAGUAUCUAUACCAAUAUCUAUGCACCUGUCGUUAUUGACAGCAGUUCUUCAGAUGCUGAGGGAGAGGAGUUGCAAAAGGAAAACUGUGAUGAACCUGAUGGAUUGACGGCUGCAGAUGUCAUCUCAAAUCUGGCUCUGAAGAUCAACAAAACCUCCUGUAGCAGAUUCAACAUUAACAGAGCCAAUGUCUGGGAUGGUGCCUACCGAGGCUUCAGAAGGUCUUCAUAUAGUCCCAACUCUGGCAUGAUGGUGAAAUUCUCUGAUGACGUGGGGCUGGCUGAAGAGGCAAUAGACACAGGUGGGCCUACUCGAGAAUUUCUCACCCUUUUGAUGGAAGCCAUAAGGACGAGAAGAAUAUUCGAAGGAAAAGACUAUGCCAAAUAUCUCACAUUUCAUAGUAAAGCUGCAGAUGAAAAUGAAUAUUUCUACACUGGAAGAAUGAUUGCAGUUUCCAUUGUCCAUGGUGGUCCAGGGCCAUGUUGUUUAUCUCCAAACUUCUUUAUGUACCUUGUUGGAAAAGACAAGACAUUCGAGGCACCAAUUGAUGAUAUAACAGAUGAAGAAAUCAAGAAGGCUCUACUAGAGAUAAAGAAUGCAACAUCUCUAAGUGAGCUCCGAGUAAUCACAGAAAAACACUCAAGCAUGCUCCAGACAGCAGGAUGCUAUCGAUUCAUGAGGACACUGGAGGAUAAGAAGAAGGUAGUAGCGGAUUACAUUCAGUGGUACUUCAUCUACCGAAACCAUCUUUCCAUCCAAAGUUUCAGAGAGGGUCUAGCAACACUGGAUUUUCUAAACGCCCUGGAACAGCAUCCUUCACUCUUCUUCUCAUUCAUGUGCUACACUGAGACCAGGCUGACAGCUGAUCUUCUGGAGAACAUCUUUCAUGUGCAAUUUGGUCCACCUGGCAGCUCUAGGCGUCAAGAGGAGACAAGAGUAAUAAGCUACUGGCAAGACUAUCUGCUUUCUGUAGAAGAGAGAAAUGGAAGUCUGUCUCUUGAAGACAUUCUUAUGUUUGCAACUGGACUGAGGGAAAUUCCUCCUGCAGCAAUUCAGCCAAAGCCACGGCUUCUUUUCCAGACCACUUCACGCUUCCCUGUAGCAGAUGUCUGUGCAAAUACUAUCAAGAUCCCAGUGUUACACAGUUAUGAGGACUUCCAAGAAGCCAUGGAUUAUGGCAUCCAGAACUCUCCUGGGUUUGGGCUUCCCUAAGGUCCAAGUCCUUUUGCUUUUAAGACACAUUUAUGGUUUUAGUAAACAUUUGAAGUUUGUGAUUUUAAAAUCUGAAAAUUUUGUUUCUAAUAAUUUCUGUAAAUCACAUAAAGUUUAAUGCAUCGCAGAAAGUUCAAUCAGGUUUUGGAAUUUCAAAAGCAUAAUAUCAUAGUGGGACAAUUGAAAAGUUAGACAUAUUUCACUGUGUUAAGAAAUUGCGAAAGUAACAAAAUAAAACAUUUCUGAAGUAUUCUAAUGUACUGAGACACGCUAGUAUAAUAACACAGGGAAAAAAAUCUGAUAAAUUCAGUUAAAAGGCUUUAUUUAAUCAAACACUUUGAUUCCAUUUUUUGUAAGAUAUGCAAGUUGUUCUUUGAGUUAAAAAAAACCCCACAUAAUUACAGGUAUUGCAGAAUGCUUUUGUAAACCUUUGUUUGUAAAACAGAUCUCCAAAUUAAUCAACGUGUUUGUUACAGUACCUAAUUAAAAGGAACAAGUUAUUUUGUA